AUGCCCAAGAAUGUCAUCAAAAAGCCUGCCGUGCUCAAAAAGCCAGCUGCUUCUGUGAGGGAUGAGGUGGCCACAAUUUCCUUGCAAGAGAAGAUCCAAUUGUGGAAGGACAGGGUGCAUGGGGAAAAUCCAGAUGCAGAGUUGGAGUUGGAAACCUCUGAGCAGAAGCAGCUGAGCAGCAAGUUCCUGCAUGCCUUGAAGUCGGCCCCUUCAGAGGCAAAGGAGCAGUGGGAGACAGCAAGUCAGGCCCCAGCAGGGCAAAAGCAUGCACAAAAAGGUGCAGUGGUCAGGGCAUGGCUUUUGGACAAGUCAUGGGGCUCACACUUCAUGCAGAAAACCCAGUCCAUCUCAAGCUCUAAAAGCUUCAAAGAAACAGAGAAGCCUGUCAGCUGGAAGGAGCUGCAGCAAAAGUAUGAGGAUGAGGAAAUCCAACAGCUCUUGGAGGAUGGUGGCAUCAUUGAAGUGGCGCAUAGCAAGACCAGCAAUGUGAAGAUGUACAUUGACAAGAGCAAUUGGAAGAAAGAGAAGACCUUUGUAAAGAACAAGGAGUUCAAAAAAAACCAGAAGAGGGAAGUUGAGACUGAGGAUGACUUGAGCAAGCUUGACCAAGCUUUCCUUUCAGUAGACCCUUUCCAAGAGGGAGGCAGGUCCUUUUUGAAUGACAUGACCAGCAGCAGCCAGCCGCCAAGGCCUGAAAAUCCAGGCAAGAAGCAUGAAGGCGCAAUGACAGCUGACAAGCUGUGGAAGACAGUGUCAUCUGCCAUGACAGCCUGUUCCAACAAGAGCCUCCAGGUUGAGGAGUUGGCCAGGGAGCUCAAGGGAAAUUCUGGUUAUGGGAAAGGCAUCAAAGCCACCACCAGCCAGAUGCAGAACAAACUGGUUCAGUGGCAAACCUCCCUCAAGGACCUGUAUCUCAAAAAGGACUUUGGGAAGAAGGAGGAGACCUUGAAGUUUUUGAACACCAUCCAGGAGGAGAUGAAAGGGCCCAUUGCAUCUCAUGCAUCUUUGCUGAAACAGCUGGGCAAGUGA